AUGACACGCCCAGAGGAUUCAAUCCGAAUGCCUCGCUCCUACCUUGGUGACGUUGACGAGGAAGAUGCGAGCAGGCGAAUCCCGGAUCUUCCUAUUCUUUCUUCUUCUUCUUCUUCGUCGUCGUCGUCUUCAUCCAAUACUGAGCCGCCAGCAAAAAGCGAAGAUGAAACAACGCCCGUAAUUGGAUCUGCGGGUGACAAGGUUGGCAAUGUUGGCAAACCUAACACAGGGCCUCGACUUCUCUCACCCGACGAGACUAUUGAACUUGCUCGUUGCGCUGUGGACAAUGGGAUCCUAGAAACGAAACGCUCUUUGGCAGGAAGUGAAGCAGUUAGCGAUGUUGUGAAACCCAAGUUGACUAUCGACCUGGGCCAUUCGAACAUCGUUCGCAUUCCGGAACCAGUGGUGGAUAUAAUUAAAGAUGAAGUCGAGCGACUCUCCUUGUCAAACAAUCAUCUGUUUCACAUUCCAUAUCGUUUUGCAGAGUGUUCCCAUCUUCGGUACCUUAAUAUUAGAGCGAACAACUUCCGGGAAUUUCCCAAGGGUGUUUACAAAUUGCCGCUUCUCGAAAUAUUAGAUCUCAGUCGGAACAAGAUUAGCUAUCUUCCCGAAGAAAUCAAGAAACUGACUUCUCUCCGGGUUCUGUCGGUGAUGCAGAACCGCCUUGAAGAUGUCCCCCUUGGGGUAUCUGAUAUGAAUAAGCUUCAGAUCCUCAAGGUUGCAGGAAACCCCUUGCGGAAUCCGCUACGAGAGCACUUAGAGACCUCAGAAACAGACAUGGCACCUUCAACGAUGACAGAUAACGAAAAGGAGGUCGCGGUAACUGCAGAGCUAAAACGAUUUCUGAAGACUAAACAGCUAAGCACGACACCAGAGUAUGAAAGGGGCAACGAUGCAAGUGAAGCAAUUUGGGACACACCUAAACCCGUCAAACGUGGAAUAAGCAGCCGCUUCCCGGUCAUCCCAAGUACAGGGGACAUCUCGUCGGAUCCCAAAUCACCGUUACUAUCGCGCCUCCACCAAUUCCACUCAAAUCCCACUACCGUAUUGCUUCCGGCCAGGGCAUGGUUUUCAACAGUAUCCUCCCGCGACCUGGCAUCCAUUGCCGCGCGAAGUAAGCGGAUGGGGGUCAUCAGGAAAAAUGCUGAUCUCGGGAGAUUGGAUGAGACCCAGGCGUAUCGGAACAGUCACCUUCGCGGCCUCAGUCAUGGGUCGAUCCUUCGACCAAGAGCACCGGGCGCAGCAGGCAGUAACUCGUCCAGCCCAAGCAGCCCAAGGGAGCGUAGGCGCUUGAAGGAUUAUUUUGUAAAUCGGAUGUCCAGUCUGCCGGAACACAAGUGUGAAAGAAAAGCAAGGGAAUCGAUUAUUGAAUGUGGAAAGGGGGUCUUGUUUGCCCUUUUUCAGGUUCAGUUUCAUGUGUAUGCUGUGAUCAACGUGAUCAAACGCGAUGAUGCCCGGCGAAACAGUCUCGAGAUCGUCUUCUAUAACGCUUCUACUCACGUUGACCGGCUUAACGAAGCUCUUGAAUAUGCGGAAAAUGCGCACCUGGAAGAUGUUGACUUGAUACGGCUAUCCAAUGAAGCAGUCAAAAGAGAAUGCGAGACGUGCAUCAUGGCAUACACUCACGUUGCGACGCAGCUGCGCAACAGUCUUGGCAAGAUUGUUGCCAAUGCAGAUUCACGCUAUGUACGUUCGUUGAUGCUAAUGAUCUACAGCAGUAUCAUUGAGCUUCGCAAUGCUUGUGUGAGCCUUGGUGUUCCACUGCAUACUCACAAACGUCUCUCUUCCACCAAGCCACCUAUACCGGAAAUAAACCGAGAGAUGGUUGCGUCGGAUAGGCUCACUGGAUCAACAGUGACCCCAACUAGAGGCAGGGCGCCGUCUCUCUCGGUGCGUCGCUACCGGAGUGACACCACUAUCCAGCACCCUCAGAUCCUCACCAGUGGGCCAUUACAGACAGCAUCCAAUUUCCACUCUGCGAUUAGUUCACCUGGGUUUGUCUCCACUCCAUUCAGUUACGCAGCACGGAGUCGAUCAAGUAGUCGGUCAAACCACAUAAACACAUCGGUACCCUCGUCCCUUGCGACCCCCCGUUCCGGCGAGUCCUUCCCUCCAAUGCCGAGUACGGUUGUACCUCGGAUUAACCCCUUGACUGGCCUGGAUGAAAUCGAAGAAGAGCGUACGUUUGAGCGGAUCUUUCAUCAGCUCACUUCUGCAUACACCGCCGCUCUUCAGGCGCUGCCUCAGGCGCGCCGUCAAUUUGUACGAUGUCUUGAAUUGGCAGAACAAACCCGAGAAUCCGAAGGUAUUCAGAUGCUCUGGAACAACCUCAUUCGGCGAUGUCGCGUGUGCUUGGAAGUAUCCGAGGCCCUUGGACUCCGUCUUUCCAACAUGAAGGUAAAGGAACCAGGCGGCGGGAUGCGCAACCAGCGCGAGUUCUGGCAAUUAUGCAAGGCAUUCAUGCAAUCGUUCGUUGAUCUUGUGACAGACAUGCGUGAAGUCAGGAGCAUGAAUCUUCUCCCUUCCGAGAUCAUCAUGUUCCUUCGUCCGGUGCAGAGGGCCAGCAGAGAGGCCGGCCGGAUGAUCGAGUCUUCACCAUGGUCAUACCUCGCAGACAUGACGUCUGGAAACGCCCCAGCAAACAUUUACGGGCCCCCUUUACAGUCACAACAUCCACAGCAUCAGAUCAGCACCAGCCUGUCACCACAGUCUGUUACUCUCCCUGCAACACCAUUGAGUGCUGCGCUUGGUCCAGCCGCUCAGGCAACGGUGCCGUCCACCCCCGCCAGUGCGUACAGUGACAAAUUUUUCGAGGGAGACGUGUUUCAGAGGGCCGACUCUCUACUUUCCAUGCCCAACCAGGCACCAUUUUUCAGUCGUCGGUGA